AGUGGGUUGCAAACAUUUAAAAUUACGAUAAGCCAGGCCUACUUCAACUCCAAUAUUUACAUGCAUUGAAUAAGUAAGUAGUACUCCUCUUGGGGACCAUCAUUUAUUCCGCUUGCACAGCUGUCGUGUGUAACCAGAGAUCCUGAGCAGGUAGGUGUCCUUAAGGUGGAGGAGAGAGGAGUGCGGAGGGCAGACAGUCGAUUGUUUUACAGAAUGACUGCCUUCUAUUUCCAGCAGUUCAACGAUGGAACUUGAAGCGAGAAGAACCUGUUGCGAAGGCACAAGAGACUAAAACGUAGUCUGACGGGAGGAAAGUAGAGAAGACAUUUUUUAAGCUUUAUCAAAAUGCCUUUUUAUGGACUAUUCGCUCAUUUUUAUAUUUCCAUAACACUUGGGAAAUUAAUUACAGCGGACCUGACUGACUUUUCAUGACAAAUCCACUGGCGACCCGACUGGACUGCUCUCUUAGGAGCGUGUGCGUAAUGGAAUCGUUCUUUCGAAAGAAAAAGAAUUUAAGGACUGCGGUCAGCCUGACUUUGGUUUUUGCCACUUUACUGAUGCUUCAGAAGUUAAUAACAGUUGACACGAAUUUCAAAGAUAUCAAAGUCGACGUGAAACGCAAAUGGUGUGGCCCCACAUGUAAAAGCAUAAAGGCUAUCGAAAAUGCAUCAAACGGUGAAGGUUUGCCGCCGGUGGGAAAACCCAUGGCAAGAAAAUGGGACAUGGAUACAAUUCAGUGUCAUGAAAAUUCAACCAUGAAAACCGAAGCCUGGUUUCGUCGUUUGAGCCCAAGAUUUCACGAAUUUGUCCUGCACAGACAUUGCAGGUACUACCCAAUGUUGCUGAAUCACCCGGAGAAGUGCAGCGGUGAUGUGGAUCUUCUGGUCGUGGUCAAAUCGGUUAUCGAAGAACAUGACCGGCGAGAAGCCGUGAGGCAGACCUGGGGAAAGGAGCAAGAAAUCCAGGGCUUUAAAAUCAAAACUCUAUUUUUAUUAGGCACUCCAGCCACUGGCAAAGACGCGCGAAAUUUACAAGCCCUGGUCCAAUAUGAAGACCGAACCUACGGGGACAUCUUACAGUGGGACUUUAUGGACACCUUCUUCAACCUCACCUUAAAGGAGGUGAACUUUCUGAGAUGGUUCAACAUCUACUGCAGUGGAGUUCCCUUCAUCUUCAAAGGGGAUGAUGACGUUUUUGUCCAGAUCAAGAACCUGGUGGAACUAAUUGGCUUUCGGGUGGAGGAGAACAGAGUGGAAAACCUCAUUGUAGGAGACACCAUUUUAGAAGCCAAACCGAUCAGAAACCGCCAAAGUAAAUAUUUCAUUCCCAAAGAGUUGUAUGAUGAUCGCUAUCCACCUUAUUUGGGUGGAGGGGGAUUUCUCAUGUCUUCUCUGGUGGCCCGCAAGCUCUUUGUGGUUUCUGAGAGCGUGGAGCUUUACCCCAUUGAUGAUGUGUUUUUGGGCAUGUGCCUUCAGAAGCUGAAGAUCGUGCCCGAGCUGCAUCUGGCCUUCCGAACAUUUGGGAUCAUUAAGCGUAAAGUGACUCCUCUGAACCGGGAGCCGUGCUUCUUUCGCAGCCUCAUCGUGGUGCACAAACUCGACCCGCAGGAGCUGCUGCAAAUGUGGAGGCUUGUUCAAAACGAGGACUUGAUCUGCGCCAGACAAGUCGUAAUAUGAUCACUAUUUAUUAAGACAGAGAAGUUUUUUCUUCUUCUUUUCUUUUUUUGUAAGGAAGGAUGAUGAUUACUUGUGUUAUCAACUGUAAAAUGUAAUAAAUCGCAAGUCUUUUUAUUAUUGUCUUAUCUACAGAGAACAACUUCAAACCUAAUCAAUGCAGUUUUGAAUAUUACAGUGUGUAAGCCUAAUAUAGACCUUGCUCAACCAUGUUUACUCAAGUGAAUAUUGGAUUUUUUUUUCUUCCAAUUAUUCUGAACACAUACCUUGACUUGGCUAAAAAGAUAAAACCCACGGGGGGUUUAUAUAUAUAAUAUAUAAAUAGAAAAAGAUGCCAAUUAAACACAAGUGGACCUGACAACAUGCUCCAGUGGAGGAACAAAGCAUUAGGCUAAUGUAAAAGGUAACCUACAUACAUGUAACACCUAUUUUAGCCAACAAAUAAUGUAAUUAAUUGAUUAUAUUUAUUUACAUUUAAAACAAUAGCAUUUAAAACUCAUGCCAGUUGGCCUAACCUGGAAAAUGUUUGACUUAGAUCAAACAUACAUUUAAAAUGUAUUUCUAUGCCAAUUAUGAUGCACCAAUUCAUUAGAAGAAUGUUUGAAUAAUGUCAUAAAAUGAAUGGAGACUGUAGCUUUUAAACACCAUAAAGUAUGAUUAACCUAUUCUAAAACAUUUAGAAUGCAUGUUAUGCGCUGUUUCACAUUCUAAAAUCAUCUGCACCAUCAGCUUUGUAUGAGGAACAGUCUGAAAUUGAAGUCAUUAUUCACUGUUUACAGAACUCACUUGAAAUGUUCUCUAUGGUGUUUCAUGUAAGAAAGUAAGUCAUACAAGUUUGAAAUGACAUGAGGGUGAGUAAAUGACAUUGA